AUGUCUCUCCUCUCAGUCUCGACGGCAGCCUCGCUGGCUCGCCAAUGCGCUCGUCCUUCCGCCGUCCGCUCCUCUGUCGCCGCCCUCCAGGUCCGCAAUGCCGGUUCCAGCGCCACCACUGCUGAGAGCUACACCAGCCCUUUCCGUGGCACCAGCAACCACCGCGACACCACCCACAUCCCCGACUUCAAGAAGUACCGCAACACUGGUGGCGAGACCCAGAACAAGGUCUUCCAGUACUUCAUGGUCGGAACCUUCGGUGCCGUGACCGCCCUCGGCGCAAAGGCCACCGUUCAGGACUUCCUCGUCAACAUGUCCGCUUCCGCAGAUGUCUUGGCUCAGGCCAAGGUUGAGAUCGAUCUUGCCGCCAUCCCCGAGGGCAAGAACGUCAUCAUCAAGUGGAGAGGAAAGCCCGUCUUCAUCAGACACCGUACCGCCGACGAGAUCAAGGAGGCCGAGGACGCCAAGUGGGAGGCUCUCCGUGACCCCCAGCCCGACUCUGACAGAGUCAAGAAGCCCGAGUGGCUCGUCAUGCUGGGUGUGUGCACUCACUUGGGUUGUGUGCCCAUUGGUGAGGCUGGUGACUUCGGCGGUUGGUUCUGCCCUUGCCACGGUUCACAUUACGAUAUUUCUGGCCGUAUUCGCAAGGGUCCCGCUCCUUUGAACCUCGAGGUUCCCGAGUACGACUUCCCCGAGGAGAACUCCCUGGUUAUUGGUUAG